GGCCGCCCACCCGCCCAGAGCCGCCGGCGCCCCGCCAUGGUGCUGCCCGAGGAGCAGGCCCGGCUGUACCGGCCGCGGCCCGAGCUGCUGCCGGCGGCGCACGUCCCUUCGCUGCCGCACUACCAGCGCCUCUACCAGCGCUCCGUGGAGGAGCCGCAGGAGUUUUGGGGCGACAUCGCGAAGGAGUUCUACUGGCAGAGCCAGCACGCCGGGCCCUUCCUGCGCUACAACUUCGACGUGACCAAGGGGAAGAUCUUCAUCGAGUGGAUGAAAGGGGCGACCACCAACGUCUGCUACAACCUGCUGGACAGAAAUGUCAGUGAGAAGAGACUUGGGGACAAAGUUGCUUUUUACUGGGAAGGGAAUGAACCUGGGGAUUCCGCGAAAAUAACAUACAGCGAGUUGCUGCACAAAGUCUGUCAGUUCGCCAAUGUCCUCCGCAGCCAAGGUGUGAAAAAAGGCGACCGAGUUUCCAUCUACAUGCCAAUGAUCUUGGAGCUGGUUGUAGCCAUGCUGGCCUGCGCCAGGAUUGGAGCUCUGCACUCCAUUGUGUUUGCAGGUUUCUCGGCAGACUCUCUUUGCGAGCGAAUUCUUGACUGCGGUUGUUCUCUCCUCAUCACAGCAGAUGCCUUUUAUCGAGGGGACAAGCUGGUCAACUUGAAGCAGAUUGCAGAUGAAGCCCUUCAGAAAUGUAAAGACAAGGGCUCCCCUUUGAAAAAGUGCAUCGUGGUGAAGCACUUGGGGAGGGAAGAGGUAGCAGUGGACGGGACAUGCAGCAAAUCUCCCCCUCUCAAAAGGCUGUGCCAGGAUGUACAGGAAAAAAAGACUGAGAGCUCACAGAGACUCCAUCCCAAGACUCCCUGGAACCCAGCCACGGACGUGUGGUGGCACGAGCUGAUGAGUGGUGCCAGCACGGAGUGUGAGCCUGAGUGGUGCGACGCGGAGGACGAACUCUUCAUCCUCUACACGAGUGGCUCAACUGGGAAACCCAAGGGUGUGCUGCAUACAGUGGGUGGAUACAUGCUUUUUGCUGCCACCUCAUUUAAAUAUGUGUUUGAUUACCAACCGGAGGAUGUCUACUGGUGCACAGCUGACAUCGGGUGGAUAACGGGCCAUUCCUACCUCACUUACGGACCCUUGGCAAACGGGGCAACUAGUGUGUUGUUUGAAGGUGUCCCCACCUACCCGGACAUCGGGCGAAUGUGGAGCAUCGUUGACAAGUACAAGGUGACUAAAUUCUACACAGCCCCCACAGCCGUCCGGCUGCUGAUGAAGCACGGGGAGGAGCCUGUCAAAAAGCACAGCAGGAAGUCUCUGAAGGUGCUGGGGAGCGUCGGUGAGCCCAUCAACCCUGAAGCUUGGCUGUGGUACUACCGCGUGGUGGGAGAAGAGAGGUGCCCCAUUGUGGACACGUUCUGGCAGACGGAGACAGGUGGCCACAUGCUGACACCCCUCCCUGCCGCCACCCCUUUGAAGCCGGGCUCUGCUACGUUCCCCUUCUUCGGUGUGGUCCCUGCUAUCUUGAACGAGUCGGGGGAAGAGCUGGAAGGAGAAGCAGAAGGCUACCUGGUAUUUAAGCAGCCCUGGCCAGGAAUGAUGCGCACACUGUACGGAAACCACCAGCAAUUUGAAACCACGUACUUCAAGAAGUUCCCUGGGUACUAUGUGACAGGCGAUGGCUGCAGGAGAGAUAAAGAUGGCUAUUACUGGAUCACAGGGCGAAUUGAUGACAUGUUGAAUGUUUCUGGCCACUUGCUGAGCACUGCAGAGGUGGAGUCAGCCUUGCUUGAGCACACUGCCAUCUCGGAGGCUGCGGUGGUCAGCCACCCGCACCCCCUGAAAGGCGAGUGCCUCUACUGCUUUGUGACCCUGAGAGAUGGCCACGAGUUCACCAAGAACCUGACAGAUGAGCUAAAAAAACAAGUCAGAGAAAAAAUUGGACCGAUUGCAACACCUGAUUACAUCCAGUAUGCACCUAGCCUGCCCAAAACCCGCUCAGGAAAGAUUACCAGACGGAUAUUAAGGAAGAUCGCCAAAAAUGACAAAGAUCUGGGGGACAUCUCCACCUUGGCAAACCCGGGCAUCAUAAAACAUCUUUUCAACAGCAGAUGUGACACUACGCAGUAGCAGCAUGACUUGUCCCUGCUGAGCAGAACUGUAGCAGCAGCAGUGUCCCGAUGAGCACGUCCCUCGAACGUCCGCUGUCUGCCCUGGGAAGGAAACUUCACUUUUUGAAUUGAAUGUACGAACGCUGGGAAUGAGGGAAAGGCUGGCUCGGAGAGCCAUGUCUCGCUAGCGCGUCCCUGCCUCGGAGGAGUGUGUUCAUCAUGUUCCAGAUGGGUAUGGUAUAUCUGAGGUUCAGCUCGCGCUCCUCCGUUUUCAGCACCUCAUUCUUGAUUUUUAAUUAUUUUUUUUUUUUGGCGGGGGGGUGUGGUUAAUUAACUUAUGUAAUUGAGGAGCCCUGGUACCUUGCGCACAGUGGGAAGGAACUCGGCGGGGGAGGCUGGAGGGGAAGUGGUGCUGGAGUUACCCAAUGCAGGCAGGCGAGGGAGGUACAUCUGCCGCUGGCCACGCACCAGCUAAGCUUCCUAUUCUACUUGGAGCGCUGCAAGCUGCGUGAGAACUUAGGACACUCGCAUCAUAACGGUGCAGCAGUUUCAGUCCUGCAUCCACCAUCCAAGCCUGUUGCUGGCAGAGGUCCCCUAGCCUGAAAGGGAGCGGGGCAAGGCUCAAGGGAGCUCUGUGCUUCAAACAGGCUUUUUCAGAGCAACUUGGUACCAAGGUCUGCUGCUUCCUGACUGCAUGGUGCUGGCUGGUGUGGUUUUUCCUCAGCCCAGGGUCCUUCAGGGGCCAUGGACACCACAGGGAGCCACGUGUGGUCUGGGAGGAAAAGGCUUGGUCUGAUGUGCCCCAGAGAGCGCUGCUUCCACCUGCUCGCAGCUGGGCUCCACCGCUGUGUGCUCCUUUCGUGCCCUGGGGUAGGAGUGGGUGCUGUUGAUACCAAAGGAGGGAGGGGAAGGAAAGCCACGCAGCAGCCCCUUUCCCAUUGCAGGGCAAACGGGCACUGGGUUACAGCACACCAUGACCAUCGCUACAGCAAAGAAACCAAGGCAGGCAGGGCUGUGUUAGUCCUAGAUGAUGUUUUUCCCAUUAGGGAAAAAAUGGUGGAAGAUGUUUAAAGUUAGCUUCUGCUUAAAUCUGACAUGGAUUUGUGAUGAUAGGAAAACCACCCAAAACCUCUAACCCCAGAGCCUGAACAUGACAAGGGUACUGCCAGAGCCAUUCUUCUUCAAAUGAAUUACGCUUAACUCCAGCCUUGGAUUGAGCUGGGAGAUACCUCCUUUGUAAUGUCUAUAAAAACAUGCAUGUGAACUGUGUGAUUUUGCACUUAAACCAAAGGAGAACUGGGCUUUACAACUUGCUGCAACAGCUGUUUUGGCGAGUGCCAGCAUACGGGCUUUACCUGCAACCUGAGCUGACUUUUGCCUGGCCAGGGAAGGAUGAGGUGAGCACCCCUGAGGCGGGGGGCUCAGGGCAGGGGGGGCGGGUGCUCUGGUGGGCUGUUGUCCAAGUCCCAAGUCUCACUCCUUACCUGCUGCUCUCACUGGCACAGCACUUGGCUGUGAUCCAUCAGCUCGGUGCGUGCCCGUGUCCCGUGCCCCGCCCCAGCUCUGUACCACUGGAUUGUGCCACCUUGUUGACAAGGAUUCCUACAUCACUUCUCCUCCUCUGUUACUCUGUCUGCUAUGUAAUUUUGGCUGGAAACAGCUAGAGUUUUAUGCAAAAUGAAAUAAAAUUCAAGGAAACAAAAUGGAAA